AUGACACUAUUAUUACAUCGUCAAACCCAUUGGCCAUCAACAGAUCUAUCUACUAUUCUUGAUCUUCAUUGGUCGAAUCAUCGUGAACAAUUUGUAAUUUUAACUCGUGAAGAUCUUUACAUUCUUGUUAAAAAUGUUAUUCUAAACGAUGUUUUACAUAAGAAAUCUAAAAAUUUUCGAACUCUGACAAGUGAUGAUGCUCAGAAUGCAUUAUUUAUAGCUACUACAAACACAAUUGAAGAAUAUUUACUUUCGAUAUUGAAUUUUUCUAAACGACGUAAUCUCGAUAGAGAAAAUAUUUAUUCGCUAAGAUUCAAUUCAAAGGCGAAUCAAUUUGGCUUGAUAAUUGGAAAAUUUCAUGAACAUAAAUGGUAUUUCGAAGUAAUAAAUCGUUUGAUGAUACGUCUGUAG